CAAACGGCGCGGUCACACCGGCCGUUCCUCCCUGAUUAGCUAGCUAAGCAGUGCCGUGGCCGUAGAGUUAGAAAUUCAUCUAAAGUAUCAGUCUAUACUUAUUUAGUGACAUUACUUAGGCAAGCUGUGAAAAAGGGAACUGAGACUUCGACACUGGAUUCUGGAACGUACUCUUCAUUUCGUCGACAAAUGUGCUGUUUUCUCUGCACUAUAGGGGCUAGCUGAAGUAUAAGUUCCAAACAGACCUCGAUAAUUACCGGUACAACCUAGCUCGUAUUCGUUGUGCAUUGUCCGUGUCGACUCCUGGCGAGACUUAGCCCGUAGUGCAUCGUAAAGAUUUAAGAAUCACCAUGACUACCGUUGAACGCAAAAAGAAGAUAGGAGUAGCCCUGUUUGGCGUGGGGCGUGCUGGCACCAUCCACAUCAAGAACCUUGCCGCGUCUCCUCGUGUAGAUCUAAGAUGGAUUGUGGAAGAGGACACCAAAAAGGUCACGCCCAUCCUGGAGCAGCUCUACCUCUACGAUACCCAGGUCAUCUCCACCAAAGACAUUUCUAACGUCUGGAAUGACGAGAAGACGGAUGCAAUAGUUGUGUGUGUUCCUACUCUUCUUCACGAGGCUAUCAUACUAAAAGGGUUGGAUGCGGGGAAGGCUAUAUUUGUGGAGAAACCCAUCGCUGUCAAGUUAAAAGAUACCAGGGAAUGCUACCUCAAGGCUGCAAAGGUGGGCAAACCUCUGUUCUGUGCUUUCAACAGACGGUUUGACCCAUCUAUCCGUAAGCUGAGACAGAGGGUGCAGAAUGGAGAGAUAGGGCAGAUCAGGUGUAUAAAAUCAACCGCCAGGGAUGCCCCUUUCCCUCCAGUAGAAUACCUUAAAAUAUCAGGUGGAUUCUACCAUGACUGUGCUGUUCACGACAUCGACCUAAUUCUAUGGAUACUCGGUGAGAAACCAAUCAGUGUCUUUGCUCAGGGCCACGCCUUCAACGAUGCCAUCAAAGCCAUGAACGAUGUUGAUCAGGCGGCCAUUGUUCUGAAAUUUCCAAGUGGGGUCCUGGCAACCAUCGACCUUAACCGCGAAGCUGUUUACGGUUAUGACCAGCGAUUAGAGGCAAGUCGGAAGCCGAGCUCUAUCAAUAAAAGGAAUUAAAGGGAAUUUGAAUCUUUCCAAGUCGCUAGGUCCAUAAGUUCUAAGAGCAUAGCUUGUCAGCCGGCUGGCAGAAGGGCGUUAGUGCUCAAGCGACUUGAAAACUACUUUUCAAAUUAU